UAGAAAAAUUUCGUAGUCAAAUCAUUGGUUAUUUUACCUUAUCACAAAUGUAUACCUGUCUAUAAUUUUAUGGCAUGUUUUUAAUCAGUUUUUAUCAUGACAUGUGUCCACUUUGUAAGAAUUCUAACACGUACUAAAUACAUAUUUAUUUAAAUAUAUUACAAAUAUAUCAUAAGAUUAUGCAUGUGUAUAUUUUCGAUUUUUUUUACCAAUAUUUUCGGUUUCUUUUUACCAAUAUUUUCGGUUUAUUCACAGAUAAGAAAAUCAGAUGAAAACCUUGUGGUUGACAAGUAUAUACUGUAAAGUUUUUAUAGGUAUUUGGCAAAAUAUAUUUGUUUUAGAUCACAUGUAUAAAGGGUUUAUGGUAUAUAUUGUUAUUGUUUUUUUUGAUAAUCGAGGGGUUCCCCAUUUACGUGGAUCAUUCCCCUGGGCCCGGUUAGACAGCGGUCCACUUCAUCCGAGAAAGCUUUACCUGGACUGGGAACAAGGCCCAACACCUAGUACCGCAUUUGGUAUUGUUGUUUAUGAUAGAUAUUCUAUAUAGUUUAUAAUUGAUUUACCGAAUACAUUUAGAUACGAAUCAGCAUGUGAAAGUACAAGCACAAUCCUCUCUUUUGUUCAAAUUUGAGUUAUAUAAUACCGAUAUAUUCUAUGAAAAAUACUAAAUAUUUAGAUAACAUUUUUAAAUAACACUACACAUUUAGAUAUAUAUUUUAAAUAACGCUAAUUAUUUAGAUAUAUUUUAAAAUACGCAUGUUUUUAUAGAUUUAUACAUGUAAACAAAGUACUAAAAUAAUCUUACAAACUGAAACUCAAUGCUGAUUUUUUACACCUUCGACUAACAUUAAUAUACGUCGUCAACUAUAUACCUUAGCAAAAAAAUUACUUGUCAACAUUGUAUUUUGUUUCUUUUGUCACUAGAGUUACCCAUGUUUCUGAAUUAUGUUAACGUAUGUUAAGCAAGUGGUGUAACAUACAAGAACUAUGAAGAUUUUGGCAAUUAAGUGAACUAAAUGUUUUGUGUAUUUUGUUUUGUUUAAACAAUAAAUGGUGUAUAUUUCUAAAAAUAGCUAAAUUAGUUGGUGAAUUUUAAUGGAAUAGAUAGUAGAAAAAGUUUGAACCAUUUUUGUUUGGAUUGUGAGAAAGUUAAGGAGAAAAAUUAUCUAACUAAGCUGUUUAUCUCUUGAAGUUUUUUUUUUUUUUUUUUUUUUUGCCUAUAUACAUCUUCAUUGUGUUUAGGGCCAAACCAUAAUCAAGAAAGAGAGAGUGAAUUUUUGCAGAAGGUUUCUUCUUUGCCUCUUGUUCAUUUUCUUUGAAUAACCCAUAAGAAGAUAAAAGAGAGAGACAGAUAUGAGAAGAGGCAAAGAAGAACACUCAUUGUCUCGAUCUCUUACAUUAGACUAAACGGCAAAAAAACAUUUGAUCCGUUUAUUAACAAGAUUAAGCACAAAGUUGAAGCUGAAUCUUAAUUGUAACAAUGCCUGGUUUUGACAAUAACUUUGCCGUGAUGGGAGAGUGGUUAGACCCUAGUCCUAACCACAAGAAGAGAUCCAAAGCGGAACUUGAAAGAGAGGUCUCUUUAGAAGACAUUAAGAAUAAGGGCUUUCUGCAUGCAAGCUUUCAAGAGAAACCGUGCUACUCAAGCAAUGGUCUUAGUGAAAGGAUUGCUGCGAGAACCGGGUUUAAAGUACCAAGGUUAAAGACUGAGAGUAUUUUUCCAUCUACAUGUUUAGCCAUCUCUUCUCCUGGUGUUAGCCCAGCAACUCUACUAGAGUCUCCUGUUUUCCUCUCAAACCCUUUGACAUCUCCAACAACAGGAAAGCUCUCAUCACUACCUUCAGAUAAAGCUAAAUAUGAGUUCAUUGAAGACAUUUCCUUAACCUUGAGCCUCGAUCCUACUACAAACAUCGGUUCAGAACACGAUGAUUCACAAGCAUAUGGAAGCGGUUUAGGAGACUUGAUGCCUAGUGGUGCGCCUGGAGAUGAUGGAUACAACUGGAGAAAAUACGGACAGAAGCUAGUUAAAGGAAGCGAGUAUCCACGUAGCUAUUACAAGUGCACGCACCCGAACUGUGAGGUCAAGAAGAAGGUUGAACGGUCCCGGGAAGGUCAUAUUACUGAGAUCAUAUACGUGAAAGCUCAUAAUCACCUUAAACCUCCAACUAACCGCCGUUCAGUCACUGGACUAUCCGGUACAGGCGAUGACAUGCAAAUAGAUGGAACUGGAACCAAUGAGAACUUACAAUGGACAUCGCCUGUUUAUGAAGAGGUCGGAUACGGAAGCCAUUCUGGAUCAAUGCAGGUUCAAAGCGGGACUCAGUUCGGGUAUGGUGGUGUAGCAACCGAUGCCUUCUCUAAAGAUGAAGAAGAUCGCACGUCCUUCAUGAGUGUCUCUCUGGGUUACGACGGACAAGUAGAUGAAUCCGAGCCAAAGAGGAGGAAACUGGAAACGAGUGGAUCAAGCCGAGGAACCCGUGAGCCAAAAGUCGUGGUGAAGACCACAAGUGACAUUGACAUCCUCGAAGAUGGCUAUCGCUGGCGCAAGUAUGGGCAAAAGGUCGUCAAAGGAAACCCGAAUCCGAGGAGCUACUAUAAAUGCACAGCUAGUGGAUGUAACGUAACUAAGCAUGUGGAGAGAGCUUCUGAUGACCUCACGUCCGUACUAACCACUUACAUAGGCAAACACAAUCACGCAGUACCAGCAGCACGUAACAGCAGCCACGUCGGUUCGGGCAGCUCAGGGACCGUCCAAGGCGGUUUAGCGACUCAGACCCACAACCAACAUGUGCACUAUCCAGUGCCACGCAGUAGUUCUGAGGGAAUGGUCACAGCCAACUCAUCACUACAUGACUUCCAGCCAUACCUGAGGUCUCCUUCAGGUUUCUCGGUUUACUAUGUAGGCGAAGCCGAGCUUACAGAUAUUUCAGUGUCUGGUUUACCUAUUGGGCAAGAGAGGUUUCUCGGCCUGGAAGCGCUUGCCACUGGUGAUCCGGAUGGGCUGAUGUUGCAGUUAGCAGCAGAGCCGAAGGUGGAACAAAUGUCACAACAGGAACUAGGAUUGUCAAGGAGCUCAUUGAUAGAUAUAAUGAGUAGAUUACCACAAAUAUGAAACGAAUCUCAUUAUUCACCGAUUGUUAGUCUUUUGAAUAAAUGGCUCUUAAUGUAGAGUUUUAGGAACCAAAAAAAUUAGUAAUCCAACGUUAACUUUUGUCCAAACAAAGCUUUUAGCAAAAAGGUCACUAGCUGUUUGAUUCA